AUGACGAAAGAAACUUUAGGUUUGGGUUUUGACUAUGAGGAGCUGACAAAUGGGCUCUUUGAACCUCGAGAUUUUGAACUUCUUGACGGAACUUUGGAAAGCAAAUUGAGUGACGGUGUUCAUCUGUUUUUUUCUCAUCAAACAACAAUGGCUAUAAGAGAAAAAGUAGAUCGUUGGUUUAGAAGUUUAUAUAUCCAUGUUAGAGCUAAUGUUUGGGUGACUGAGUUGUAUUCCGGUACUGCCUUUGCUGACGAUACCCUUGAGGAAACUGCUUGUGAAAAUGAUAGUGAUAAGAUUCAGUUCCAGGCCGAACUUAUCACCAGAUCGACUCUUCAGCAGUAUUCUAAAGAUAUAGAACCUCCAUUGUUGGCAACGUACCAUCCCACUAAUUAUGAUCACUUGUUCACUGAGGAAUUAUUUUUGAAAGGACCCUCAGAUGAGUAUUUAGAAAGUGCUCUGGAGUUUUUCCAGUGA